CCUCUGUUGAGUGAGAUUUUGCGGAAUUUUUGAAAUGUCUUCCGCGAUUUCUCCUUUCAGUAAAGUCCCUAGUUUGAACACUACAACUGUGCUUAUAGUUGGAACACAUGGAGUAGGGAAGCAUGAACUGGCAAAGUCCUUACUGGGAAUACCAACCCCAUAUUCUGUCCAAAUCCGCACUGCUAAUGAGUUGCCUCUCCCUCCUCUUACUGGUAGUAAUGAGAGGCCAAAGAUUGACCUUGUUGUCUUUAUGAUAGAUCUCAAUGUAAGGAGCAGCAUCGGCCUUGUGGAGAAUGCAGUGACUGCAUUGGAUGUACAUUAUUUCAUGGGGAGAGUCUGCUUUGUGGUGAAAAGAGAGAGCUAUGACAGUCCUGUUGCUAUGGAUACAGAUGCUUUGAUAUCACUAAGGGAUUCCUACAACUCACCAAUGUUAUAUGGGGAUGUAAAGAUUGAACAAGACAGAAUUAGUGUUACAAGACAGAUACUGAAUCUUUUAGAGGUUGCUGCAGGCUACAAAACAAACAUUUCACCCCUAUUGAUCCAAGCCACACAGAAAGGACACUUUAUAUUGACUGACUCUUGAUAUAUGGAAACAUUUGA